AGCCUGGGUGUCUGCACAAGUCCAUGUGGCUGAUCGAUCGGGACGGGCACGAGGACAAAAGCGGGCAGGAUAGGAGCGGUCAGAGCGGGCAAGGCUGGCGUAGCGCCAGCGCAAUGGAUGAGCGACGUUGCACUGGGUGAAAAUCUUAUGGAACGGAGACAAUUGUUAUUGGAAUGUUCUGUCCAGUGGGAUAUCCUCUUCCAGGCCGGUAGGAGACGUGUGAGUGUGAAGCAGACCGAGCACAGGCAAGAGUAGUAGUGGGUCUAGGGGCACAAAGGCUCUUCAGUGGGCGGUGCCUUCACUAUAAUGCUUUGCUGCCCCCCUUUCUUGUUUCCUUUUCUUGCUUUUCUUUUAUUGGAAUGGGCGACGGGAAGCAGUGCAGUUAUCAUUAUAGCCGGAAAGACAGGCAGGCACAUGGACAGAAGGGUUUGCUGUUUUAUUCCGGGGUCACGAUUAGCAGUAGACAGAUGACGAUGACAAGACAGCACGGAGAAGGAGAAGAAGAAGAGAAGAAGAGCUGUUUUGGCCCGUUGAGGGACACGGACUCGGACUCGGACAGGUGAACCUACCUACUACCCAUGGGCGGGGCUGACGUCGACAACGACAUUCAUGAUGCAAAGACUAUAGCUAAACAAAGUCAACGAGUACAUAAGUAGUACCUACCAGG